AAAGAAGAAACCAAAAGAAAAGACACAGGAUAUUUCUAUGCAAGUAGAUUUUUGUUCAAUCAACUAGCUAGAGACCAAAAGGUGGGAGACUAGAGAGUCUAGAGACAAUGCAGCCAUGGAUGACAUUAGGUGCUUCAUUGGUGGCAAAAGCUGUUGACUAUACGGUGGCCCCUCUCGGCAAUCAACUAAGAUAUCUUUAUCAGUAUAACAAAAAUGCCGACAAUCUGAGAAAGCAGGCUGAAAGGUUGCAAGAGAAGACACAAGAUAUCCAAGCAUUGGUGAACUAUGCCAAAAGAAAUGACAGAGAAAUCAAAAGCACAGUUAAAAAUUGGUUACAAGAGGUAGAUGCAAUCACUGCUGAGAUCAAAUCAUGGGAUGAUAAAACUCAAAACUUGAGCAAAAUGUGCCUCCCUCAUCUGGUCUCACGGUAUAAGCAGAGCAAGAUGGCAACUAAGAAAAUCAUGACCAUCCAAGAACUUCUUGGUAGAACUCUCACGGAAGAUGUAUCCAUACUGCAGGCCCCUCCUUUGAAUAUACCAUUCAUUUCUGACCAAGAAAAACCCGAAAAGGACCAAGUUAUUGAGAUGGUGGCAAGUAGUUCAUCUGAUGUAUCCAUACCGCAGGCCCUUCCUUUGAAUAUACCAUUCAUUUCUGACCAAGAAAAACCCGAAGAGGACUAA